CAGAUACAUUGCAUUUGAGCAAUCAUUGCGUGUAUUGUCAUGUACCCAAACCACACUCCACUUGCAAUAAAGCUUCUGACCACCUCAGCUCACCUCUGUCAUUCAUUUUCUCUAUCUUCUUUCCUCUCUUCCUCUCUCUCUCCUUUGCUCCUUUUUUUGCCCUAUCUGAUAGGGUUUCCAUGUUCUUCGAGCUCUAAUCUCUCUCAUGCAUUCGUGUUCUCAAGCUCUAUACCGUGGUUUGAUAGCCUUUAUUGUGGUUGCGUUUCUCUUUUUUGCUCUCUUUGGAGGGUUUCUUGUUGCUAAAAGGUGCGGAUUUCACCUCCCGGAGUUUUUUGAGCUGUUCCCAUGUCUAAGCUCUUUGGAUUCGCUGGAGAUGAUGAUUUUUGCCCGGGGGGCCCAAUAUACGCAAACCCGAAGGAGGCAAGCCUACUUUUGUCCCUUGGUCGCCAUGUGGAUGUGUAUUUUCCUUCUCGCAAGAGGUCUCGCAUCAGUGCUCCAUUUGUUCUUGUUGGAGAGAGGUUUGAGCAGAAAAAGCAGGCAUCUAUUGAAGUUCUGCCAGAUGAGUGUCUCUUUGAAAUCUUCAGGCGUUUGCCUGGAGGGGAGGAACGAAGUGCCUGUGCUUGUGUUUCAAAGCGCUGGCUUGCUCUUUUGAGCAAUAUGUCCAGGGAUGAACUUUGCAGCAAGAAAACUACCCAGUUGUUGAAUGAAUCAGCUGAAAAGAAUGGUGAGGCUGAAGAUCUGGAAAUUGAGGAUGAUGGAUAUCUGUCCAGGAGCUUGGAGGGGAAGAAGGCCACAGAUAUUGGACUUGCAGCUAUUGCGGUGGGAACUUCUAGUCGGGGAGGUUUGGGCAAACUUUCUAUCCGUGGGAGCCGUGGGGUAACAAGUGUAGGCCUGAGAGCAAUUGCCCGUGGUUGCCCUUCUUUGAGGGCUCUUUCCUUGUGGAAUUUGCCUUCUGUUGGCAAUGAAGGUCUAUUCGAGAUUGCUAAUGGCUGCCACAUGCUAGAGAAGCUCGAUCUUUGUGGGUGUCCUGCAAUUUCUGACAAGGGUCUGCUUGCAAUUGCGAAGAGUUGUCCUAAUUUGACUGAGUUAACCAUAGAAUCUUGUGCAAAUAUUGGGAAUGAUGGUCUGCAAGCCAUUGGCCAAUGUUGCAACAAUCUGAAAUCCAUCUCAAUCAAGGACUGCCCAGUUGUUGGGGAUCAAGGAAUUGCAAGUCUGGUAUCUUCAGCCACAUGUGUGCUGGCAAAGUUGAAGCUCCAGUCUUUGAACAUUACUGAUGUAUCUUUAGCUGUUAUUGGACACUAUGGUAAGGCAGUUACUGAUCUUGUCAUCACCAACCUCCCAAAUGUGACUGAGAGGGGCUUUUGGGUCAUGGGUAAUGGUCAUGGCUUGCAGAAGUUGAAGUCGUUUGCAGUUACAUCAUGCCGAGGGGUGACAGAUGCUGGGAUUGAAGCUAUGGGGAAGGGUUGCCCAAACUUAAGGCACUUUUGCCUUCGGAAAUGCGUAUUCUUAUCCGACAAUGGACUGGUCUCAUUUGUAAAAGCUGCACAAUCACUGGAGGUCCUGCAGUUGGAGGAGUGCCACAGGAUCGCCCAACUUGGGUUUUUUGGUUCCCUUUUGAACUCUGGUUCAAAAUUGAAGGCCCUUUCUUUGGUAAACUGCAUGGGCAUUAGAGAACUAAAUCUGCGAUUACCUCAGGUGCCUCCUUGCAAUUCCCUGCGUUCAUUGUCCAUCCGUAACUGCCCAGGUUUCGGUGAUGGCGGCUUGGCUCUGUUGGGUAAGUUGUGCCCCCAAUUGCAGAAUUUGGAAUUGAGUGGACUUCACGGAGUGACUGAUGCUGGGUUUAUCCCAUUGCUGGAGAACUGUGAGGCUGGUUUGGUGAAGGUUAAUCUUAGUGGCUGUGUGAAUUUAACUGACAAAGUGGUUUCAGCAUUGACUGAGCAGCAUGGUUGGACUCUUGAGGUUCUGAAUCUUGAUGGAUGUGGAAAAAUUACUGAUGAAAGUUUGACUGCAAUUGCUGAGAACUGCUUAAUGCUCAGUGAUCUUGAUGUCUCGAAAUGUGCUAUCUCAGAUUCUGGGCUCAUGGUUCUGGCUCGUUCAAACCAGCUCAAUUUGCAGAUCUUUUCGGUUGCAGGUUGCUCUAUGAUAUCAGAUAAGAGCUUACCUGCCAUUGUAAAAAUGGGUCAUACUCUUUUAGGGUUGAAUAUUCAGCACUGCAAUGCCAUUAGCAGCAGCACUGUUGACCUUCUCGUGGAGCGUUUGUGGAGGUGUGAUAUCCUUUCUUAAGUGAGGAAGGAUGUCAAAGGAGAUCCCUUUUCAGAAAUAGGAUGGCAGAUAAUGCGUGAUUCAAAGUAAUUAGCCUCAGGCUCUAGUCAGUUUUUUCAAGUAGCAGCAGCUUGUGUAGUUUUUGGGUCCAUCAGCUAUGGGUCUUUUCUUUGUCUUCCAGUGCUCAUUUCCCUUUUCCUGGGAUUGUGGCCAUCUACCCCACUUUUUUCACAGGUUUGGAAACCUGUUGUUUUAGCUCCAAAAAUUGACAGGAGUGUAGCUUUUAUGGUGGCCAUAACUCCCUGAGAAUACAGUUAAACUGGGUGCUGGACUUUCAGAUUUUAAUUGUUUCCUGUUUCAGGGUUUUGACAUUGGGUAUUUUAGCUUAUCCUUGCAUAUGGGUGAAAGCUUUACGAGACCUACCAAUGUCUAAGUCUGUCCAUUGUGAGUCUUUCAUGUUUUUGUAAUCAUGUAUUGGACGUGAUGGUUGGGUCAGUUUUCCUCAAAGGGUGGGGAUAUUUGGAGUCAGGUUUGUCUUGGUUGCUCUUUGGCAGUUGCAGUUUGAGAUAUGGCGCCUUGUGGUCGUGGGCUUUGGCCAUGGCAGCAGUUUAUAGUGACUGCCAUGACAACCUUUCUCCUCUCCUUUAAGGAGAAGGUUGUUUUUUCCUAUUUUAAUCCAAGUCCUUGUUUUACAGGCGUCAUUUCUUCACGAACUGUAUUUUGCAACCAUUUCACUUGGUGUAAUGAAAAAUAUAUCUCCACCCUUUGUGUUGUAUGCUUGUUAUCUUAUGGAAUGAUAUGAUAAAAUAAAUAAAUAAAAAGGAAAAAAAAAUUAUGUAAUUU